AUGGAUGCUAUUCCAAAUUUUUUGGUGGAUAUACGGAAUUCUGAUGAGACACUCAUGGCAUUCACAUCUGUGUUUGGGAAACCUGACCUAUUGGCAGAGAAAAACACUUGUGUAAAUGCUGACUCUACAUUUGAAGCACUUCACUUGUUAUGGUACAACCGUCACAUUACCAAGGGUCUCAAAGCCCCAUCUGAUGUGCCACCGUCUAUGCUUGACAAAGUGGGCUGCAAACAUACCAAUCACAGCCAGAUGAUCCCCUAUAUAUUCAAGGACGUCAGUAAUAACCAGGAAUUAUUUCAGUCCCUCAAAGUUGUCUUUGAAGAACUGUUUAACUGGAUACAUUGUAUUAUGCAAAUCCACCUGCCUGAAGAGUGUCAGAUGCUUAAGCAAGUUGCAUCUAUCUUACCAGCAAACCAUUGCUCCCCAACCGCCCCCUUCCUGUCAAUUGUCAUUAACAUCAAUGUGCAAACAAAGGCUCACCAAGAUAGCAAGGAUCAGGAGCAUUGUCUUGUUCUCCCCAUUGGAUCAUUUAAGGGGGUUGCUCUUGCCAUGGUUGAGGCAGGCCUUGUUAUUGAGCUGAACCAUGGGGACUUUGCAAUUUUCAGGUUGUCUGAUAUCACUCAUCUCAACCUUCAUUAUUAA